UCGUCGUCGUACGCAAACGCGUCACCCACCCGUUUUAACAAUGGCGACUCCGAAUAGUGCAGAGUACGAGCUGCUAACUGAACACUUCUCCUAUCCUCCUGUGGCUCUGCUCGACGACAUCAUCAACACCGUCAACCUGCUUUCAUCGCGCGCAAUCGACUCGGUCGAGACAUUUCUCUGCAAAAGCAAGUCCAAGAAUAUCCCAGGCUUUGUACCCAAGAAGAAGGAUGUCACGGAAGAAUGCCCCGACCCCGUGCAGUCCGAGAUCGACUCAGGCACGCACAAGCUCGAGACCCUGCUCAACACGUCCAUUGACAAGAGCUUUGAUAUUUUCGAGCUCUAUGUCAUGAAGAACAUCAUCACCGCCAGCCCCGAAGACCAGCCCUUUAUGCGCCUCUCACAUUACGAAGCCCUCGACUUUGCGGCGUCUACAGCGCCGGACCGGCCGACCCUCGCCUCAAUAAACGCCCUUAGACGUCGCUUGCAAGCCAGCCAGCGUGUGCACGCCGCUCUCGAGGCUGAACGACUGCGCAACGAGGCCCUGUUAGUCAAACUGCGCGCUGCGCUGGGUGCUGCCCCGGCGCCGGUAAAGAAGGAAGACGAUGAGGCCGCGCCACAGCAGAACGUCCUUGGAUUCCUGAAGGAUCGGGGCCGUUUGGCGCAGGGCGGAUCAGAGGCACCGAUAGCAACGACUGCCGAGUUUACAAUUUCACAGCUGCAAUCCCUGCGCGAGGUGUCGAGUGCGCUGCGCCGCAUCCUACCGCAUCUGGACGUUGAUCGCAGAGAAGACAGCGAGACGGACAAGUCGUGGCGAGCAGAGCGUGCAGAGUACAUUGAGUCGUCGUCGCGGCGAUACCUGGAACGUGAGGCUGGCCUGGAGCUCGGCACCGAGGGCGAGCUGCGCGAUGGAGAAUGGCAGGGUGCUGGUGCUGGUCUAGAAAAGGGCCAAGUAGGGGACUUGGAGAAUGUAGUAAACAUGCUGGGAGCAGGCGAGACGCAAGAGGACGAUGCUGGCGAUGAAGAUGACGGUAUGGAAGAGUUGUGAAAGUGUACUUUGUUCUUUUUUUCUUGGAUCUGGCGUUAUGGAAUAUGAAUGACCAUCUAUGGGAGGGCGUUUUUGGGACCCAGUACAUACCGAUUUGUUUAGUGCUUUCAGCACGUUUUUAGGUCGAACGAUGUGAUGAAUGAAG